AUGGAUAAACCACGACUUACUUGCAGUUUUCAGGCUGCUCGACUUUUGCUUUGCUUAGGUUCUGACCCUAACAUCAGCAACGCAAAUGAUGACAGUCCAAGGCAUUUAGCUGCACGUCUGAGAGAAGCGUCCCUUCUGGAUUCUUUGAUAAUUUGUCAUGCUCUGCCCUGCAAGCCCAACAAAGUCGGAUGUGUUUCCGGCUGCACGAAUGAUUUGGCUUCUGUUCUCAAGCGAAAUUCUGAAGCCGCCAGUAUGGAAGAGCCGAUUCGGGACUUCAUACAAAAGUGUUACGAUGGUCUCAUAGCUCGCCUUGAAGAGCUAGCAAACCGUGGCGAAAAGCCUCAGAAUAUGAUUAACCUUUUAUCCAUGGAUGGAGGUGGAAUUCGAGGACUUGCUAUGAUACAGGUCUGA